AUGUGGGUAGCCGGAAGUAGAAAUAGAAUGGCCGUUCGGUUUUCGGUUAAUAAUAAUAAUGAUGAUCCCAGCUGCUGCAGCAGCAGAAAGAGAGGAGGAUUCAUAUCAGGAUUACAACAAGGAGGUGGAGAAAGAUCAGGGCUUCCAUUAACUUCCUGUCCUGCUACUACUUCUUCUCUUCACCACCUUCUGCUUCUUCUUCUUCCACUGUAUCUUGCUUUGGCUACACCAACAGCGGCUGGGUUGACUAAUUCCUCAUCACCGGAUUACAGCAGACAAGUCAGCAGUUUGAGGCUCCACAGAAUCCACAGGCAUUUGAACAGGAUCAACAAGCCUCCUCUCCUCACCAUUCAGAGCCCAGAUGGGGAUAUCAUUGACUGUGUUCAUAAGAAGAAACAGCCUGCUUUGGACCAUCCCCUUCUCAGGAACCACAGGAUCCAGCGAGCGCCAUCGCAAAUGCCCAAGGUGAAAAAGGUGGCACCGGAGAAGGAACAAAAAGCAGGGGACGGGAAGACUGAGGCGGCGGCGGAGGAGAAUAAGUCGUCGUUGCCGGCAGUGGAAGUUGAAUGGCAAAUGUGGCACCGGAACGGGACGCGCUGCCCCAAGGGCACCGUACCCGUGCGGCGGAGCUCGGUCGACGAUGUGCUGAGAGCCAAGUCUUUGUUUGACUUUGGGAAGAAGCAGCGGCGAUCCCGCUUCCCCGUCCACCUCUCCCGCCGCCCCGACGCCCCCGACGUCGUCAGCGGCAACGGCCACGAGCAUGCGAUCGCGUACACGGGAGCAUCAACGGAGGUGUAUGGAGCGAAGGCGACGAUCAACGUGUGGGACCCAUCCAUCCAAGUGGUGAACGAGUUCAGCCUCUCCCAGAUCUGGGUUCUCUCCGGAUCAUUCGACGGUUCAGAUCUCAACAGCAUCGAAGCCGGGUGGCAGGUCAGUCCGGAGCUCUAUGGGGAUAGCAGGCCACGACUUUUUACCUAUUGGACUAGCGACUCCUAUCAAGCCACAGGAUGCUACAAUCUGCUAUGCUCAGGAUUCGUGCAAACCAACAGCAGGAUCGCCAUUGGAGCCGCCAUCUCUCCCGUCUCUUCCUUUACCGGCAGCCAAUACGACAUCACCAUCCUCAUCUGGAAGGACCCAAAACUGGGGAACUGGUGGAUGAGCUUCGGGGACACCACACUGGUGGGCUACUGGCCCGCGGAGUUGUUCACCCACUUGGCCCAACACGCCACCAUGGUGGAGUGGGGCGGCGAGGUGGUCAACUCGCGGGCCAACGGCCAGCACACGUCCACCCAAAUGGGCUCGGGCCGCUUCGCCACGGACGGGUUCGGGAAGGCUAGCUACUUCAGGAACCUGGAGAUCGUGGACUCCGACAACAGCCUCAGCUCGGCCCAAGACAUCUACACGUUGGCGGAGAACACCAACUGCUACGACAUCAAGAGCAGCUACAGCAACGAGUGGGGCACCCACUUCUACUACGGCGGGCCCGGACGGAACCCGGCCUGCCAAUGA